CUUUUCGAAAUUGUUACGGCAAUUCGACAUCCAAAGACUAUUCGUUUGUCCGAUUACUACAGUAUUGGCGCAACGAUACAAGACACACAAAGCGACAUCAUCAUGGGUUCUACAACAAGAUCUUACGCAUCUCUCCCCUCGGAAGCCUCCCAAGAUUCAAUCAAACCUUUCGAAAUCCAUAUCCCAGACCAAAAACUCGAAGACUUCAAAACGCUCCUCCGUCUCUCACCACUCGCGCCUCCCUGCUACGAAAAUCAAGAAGCACAAGCAUCCCAAGGCCUAGGAGUAACUCACGCCUGGCUUACCAAUGCCAAAGAAACAUGGCUCAACAAAUUCUCCUGGCGCACCCAAGAAGCCCAUCUGAACUCUUUCCCGCAAUUCACCGCUUCCAUCAAGGACGAUGACGGUACACCCAUGACGGUCCACUUCGCUGCGCUUUUCUCAAAGAAAAAGGACGCAGUACCAAUCGUACGUCUCCACGGCUGGCCCUGCACUUUUGCAGAGUACCUCCCCGUGCUCUCGCUUCUGAAAGAAAAGUACGCGGAGUCCGAUCUACCGUAUCACUUCAUCCUGCCCUCGCUGCCAGGCUGGCCGCUCUCUUCAGCACCACCAUUGGAUCGAGACUGGAAAUACGCAGAUACCGCACGUAUCAUCCAUAAAUUGAUGCUAAAUCUCGGGUUCGGAGAUGGUGGGUACAUUUCGCACGGCGGGGACAUCGGCGCAGCUGUUGCCCGAACCCUCGCCGUCACAUACGAUGAGUGCAAAGCUGUGCAUUUGAGUUUCUGCCACAUGCCCCCGCCUGACGACGCGGAUGCGCUGGAAGCUUCUCUGAGCGAGACAGAAAAGAAAGGUGUGCAACGUGCGGAGGAAUUCAAGUGGACGGGAGACGCGUAUGGGAGGAUGCAUGGCACAAGGACAUCAACAAUCGGACACGUUUUAUCUAGUUCACCUCUUGCACUGUUGGCAUGGAUCGGAGAGAAAUAUCUAGAAUGGGCGGAUCCUAAACAUGCGAUUGAUCUGGACGAAAUACUCACCGAAGUAUCGCUGUAUUGGUUCACCGAGGCAGCGGGGACGUCGCUGUACACAUAUCGAGAAGACUACAAAUGGGGUGUCCACCAAAAAGGCUAUCUACACAAUGCCCCUUGGCUACACAUCUCUAAGCCCUUCGGAUACUCGUAUUUCCCUGAGGAACUUGCAGCUAUUCCUAAGGCGUGGGCGCAGAAAACGGGAAAUAUGGUGUGGUUCAAAGCGCAUGAUGAGGGAGGGCAUUAUCCGGCUUUGGAGACGCCUGGGUUGCUGGUGCAGGAUGUAGAGGAGUUUGUGAGUAGUGUAUGGAAGUGA